AUGGCGUCGCUCGCCGCGGUCGUCGCGCUUCGCGGCGCCGCGCCGAGGCCGCCGCCGCCGCCGCCCUCCCCGCGCGCGCGCAGCAUCACGCGCCGCGCGUCGUCCGCGGCGUCCGCGUCGACGUCAUCGCGGGGCGACAUCGCCGCGGUGCCGAGCAGCUGCGGCGACAACGAUCGGCGGCGUUCCGUUCGCAGAUGGCCGCGUCGUCUCCUCUGCGCGGAUCCCCCGCGAAGCGUCGCGCCGUGGCGGCGGCGGUAUAGAGACGACGCGGCGUCGUCGCGAAGGAUAUCGCAUUCGCCGCCGCCCACCGCGCUGAAGCGCGCGGGACCGUCCACGCCCAAGCCGCACUACGACGACUCGCCCGUCGAUCGCUUCUUCCUGAAGCUCUUCAACGCGCGCCUCGCCGCGGAGCUCGGCGACGACGUUCGCGGCGCCGUCACGGGCGACUACGACGACGUCGUGGCGCGAUGCGUGCGGCUCGUGUCCGAGGCGCCGAACGCGGCGGAGGCGAAAGCGCGCGGCGGUCGCGUGCUGCGGAGUUUGCUGCCGCCGGGGACGGCGCCGGCGCUGCGGUUCGCGUUCGGGCUGUUUCCGGGGUGGUUCGUCGCGCGGCACGCCGCGGCGGUGACGCCGUACUUGCUGCCGUGGCUCGUCGGGAAAGGGCGGGUGAUCGACGCGCCGGAAGAUCUGAUGGUGGACGACGCGAGCUCGCCGCCGGGGAACGCGUUCGAGGCUCUGAAGCGCAUGAACGGGGAGCGCGCCGACGACCGAAAAAACCGAAGAAACCAAAAAAACCAAAACGUCCCCCCGGGGUACAAGCAGGGCGUGCUGCUCGAGCGCUGCCGCGUCCUCGAGGAGUCCGGCUGCGCGGGCGUGUGUCUGAACGUGUGCAAGCUCCCGACGCAGCAGUUCCUCGGCGAAGAGCUCGGUCUGCCCGUGACGCUCGCGCCGGAUUACGAGACGUUCGAGUGUCGGUUUUUGUUCGGAAAGACGCCGCCGCCGCCCGAGUCGGACCCCGCGUUCGACACGCCGUGUUUCGGGCAGUGCCCGGUCGCGCGCGUCGCGGGGGACGCGCCGAGCUGCGACCGGCUGUCGCCGUUCGAGAGCGACGCCGGCGGCGGCGGGGGGGAUUGA